AUAUAAGCUAUAUAUGGACAGAGAGAGAGCCUACUUUCACUUCUCCACCACCAUAUCUUUCCUAUUCUUCGAAAGGUUCCAGCAGGCUAUCAGCUUACCGACUGCUGUUCAAUUUUAAAAGAAAUUUUCUUGGUGGAGAGCAAAUAUUAUGGCCGAAAGUGAUGUAGCGUUUCCCAUGGAGCAGUCCAAAGAGCUCAAGCGGAAGAAACGCAUGAAAUGCUUGGCUUAUGUUGCUGCUUUUGUCAUCUUCCAAACUGCAAUCAUUCUAGUCUUUGCACUCACGGUGAUGCGUAUCAAGAACCCAAAAUUCCGGAUUCGCUCUGUAUUGGUUGACGACCUCACCUUCAACAACUCCUCCCCGUCCUUCAACAUGAAAUUUAUUGCUCAAGUAACCGUGAAGAACACAAAUUUUGGUCACUACAAAUUUGAAAACAGCACCGUUACUUUUGCUUACAAGGGGUCACAAGUCGGGGAGGCCCUUGUUACCAAGGCCAGGGCCAGAGCCAGAUCAACAAAAAAGAUGAAUGUGACCAUGGACUUGAAUUCCAACGGCGUAGCCAAUGACUCGGACUUGGGCAGUGAUCUUAACUCAGGGUUCUUGACACUGACUAGCCAGUCCAUAUUGAACGGUAAGGUGCAUCUGAUGAAGGUGAUCAAGAAGAAGAAAUCUGUGGAAAUGAACUGCACUAUGAUAGUUAAUUUGGCACAAAAAUUGGUGCGGGACAUAAAAUGUGGUUAGAGCUUUAGCUACUAUACUCUUAUACUGUGGUGAGUUACAUUUUGAGUUGUACGUGUAUUUGUUCUUUAUCUUCUGUAUGUUUAUAUGUAUUUGUUUAAAUGAUAAGUAGGUUUUUUUA